ACCAUGGCAAUCGCAUUGGCCGCCUUCCUGCAGCUGCUGCUUCCACCGCUCUUCUCCCUCGCCGCCGUUGUCCUCCUCCUGCAUGCCCGUGCUUCGUGGAGACUCCACAAGCCGGCGGCGCCCUACCCGCUGCUCGGCCACCUGCCCCAGUUCCUGGCGAACCGGCACCGCAUCCUGGACUGGGUGGCCGAGGUGCUCGCGCGCCAGCCCACCUGCACGCUCGUCUUCCACCGCCCGGGCGGCGAACGGGGCGUCAUCACCGCCAACCCGGCCAACCUGGAGCACGUCAUGCGCGCCGGCUUCCACAACUACCCCAAGGGCCCGCGCUUCACGUCGGCGCUCCACGACUUCCUGGGCCAUGGCAUCCUCAACGUCGACGGCCAUGGGUGGCGCGCGCAGCGCAAGGCUGCCAGCUACGAGUUCAACACGCGCUCGCUGCGCCUCUUCGUCGCCCGCACCGUGCACACCGAGCUCCACGGCAGGCUCCUCCCGCUGCUGCGCCGCGCCGCCGGCUCAGGCCGUCCGGUCGACCUGCAGGACACGCUCGAGCGCUACGCCUUUGAUAAUAUCUGCCGCGUCGCCUUCGACCACGACCCCCGGCAGCUCCCGGACGGGGAUGCAGCGACCGAGAGCACGGCGAGCGGCAGGUUCGCCGACGCGUUCCGCGACGCCGCCAAUCUCAGCGCCGGCAGGUUCCGCCAAUCUCACCGGCCGGAGCGGUGGCUGGACCCGGCGGAGGAGGGGACGUUCCUGCCGGAGAGCCCGUUCCGGUACAUCGUGUUCCACGCCGGGCCGAGGAUCUGCCUCGGGAAGGAGAUGACGUACAUCCAGAUGAAGUCCAUCGUGGCGUGCGUGCUGGAGGAGUUCGAGGUGGCGGUGGACGGCGGCUACACGCCGCGGCCGGUGGCCUCCCUGACGUUGCGGAUGGCCGACGGGCUCCCGGUCAGGGUCAAGGCUCCUUCCCGUACUCUUCUCGGAAAGCUCAAUCAAAUUACAUCCUCCAAGGCACGUGGCCGCAUCUUCCACUACCUGGGAAGCGGUGGUUACCGCGGUGCCUCCGGCUCUCUGGCCAUGGUGUCCGAGGCCGAGCGCACGGCGCGACAGAAGGCAAGGUACAACCGGCGCAAUGUCGGUCACCAAUACGCGUUUGCCAAGACAGACGUGACGUCGGGAUGGGUCCCCAACGACACAGACCUCGCUGCGGCGUGGGCGCUCGACCGCACCGUCACCACCGCAGAGACGUCCGCCAGGGGCCACCGCCGUGUUGACAGCGAGCUCGCUAAGAAUGGCGAGGAGUGGUCGCUUAGCGACUGCUCCGCCAACGCCGGCAGGGGCAAGGCCGCCGGCACGGUGCCGCCAGUGCCUUCGGCAGUGGCCAAGGCGACCCUUCGCACCGCGCAACAGGAGGCGGAGUGGCUCCUCGGCGAGCAUAAGGCACGACAACACCGCCGCCGUCGAUGCUCCAUUGUUGCUCCUGCCGUCCCUUUAAUGGUGAUUCCCGGCGCCGGCGUGCAGGAACCUCUUGAACCAAGGCUGCCUUUCUCGGUUCCAUCGGCCGCGGCGGUCAUCCUCCUCCCUGAGCAACUACAGGGACCGUGA